AUGGCUGCGUCACUCCGCUCGCCGCCUCCGCUCCCCGCCGCCUUCCGCCGCUCCCGCGCCGUCGUCCGCGCCUCCUCCUCCUCCUCCUCCUCCUCGUCAUCAUCCGCCGUCUCGUCGUCAUCGUCCGCCCCCAAGGCGCGGUUCGUCGCCCGCCGCUCCGAGUCCAUCCCCGUCCAGCAGCUGGCCCGCCCGCUCGCGGAGUACAUGAGCUUGCCGGCCAGCCAGUACUCGGUACUGGACGCCGAGCGCAUCGAGCGCGUCGACGACUCCACCUUCCGGUGCUACGUGUACCGCCUCCGCUUCUUCGCGCUUGAGGUCUGCCCCGUCCUCCUCGUCCGCGUCGAUGAGGAACCCGACGGCUGUUGCAUUCGCCUCCUCUCCUGCAAGCUGGAGGGGUCACCGCUCGUGGAGGCCCAAAAUGAUAAAUUCUCAGCUUCCAUGGCGAAUAGGGUUUUCUGCAGCAGCAGGUCGCAAGAUUCGACCAUUCAACAGCUUACAUCAGAUACUACAAUAGAGGUUGCAAUCGAUAUACCUUUUCCAUUUCGAGCAAUACCAGUUGAAGCCAUUGAAUCAAGUGGCAGGCAAGUGCUUGAACAGUUACUCAGAGUCAUGCUUCCAAGAUUUCUAAAGCAGCUUGUUAAAGACUACCACGCUUGGGCUUCUGGUGAUGCUUCAAGGAAACCACUUGGCAAUGGGGAAAUCUGA